UGGAUUGUCAUUCAGCAGAGGAUUGAUGGCUCGCAGAGUUUCAAUCAAUCGUGGAACAUGUACAAAUUCGGAUUUGGAACAUACUAUACAAACUUUUGGAUGGGCCUGGAGAAGAUGCACCAAUUAACGACAUCGGCUGAUUACAGGUUGAGAUUCGAAGUUCUCAUCAGUGGUGUUUGGUACUCCGAUGAAUAUGAUCAUUUCAAGAUCAAUUCAGAGCUUGAAAAAUAUUCCAUCAACGUAUCUGGAUACAGUGGAGAUAAGGCUGAUGUUCUGAACUAUCCUAAUUCCAAAAGCGUCCACAAUGGUAUGAAGUUUACAACUUAUGAUCAAGACAACGAUCUUGCACCAUUCAAUUGUGGUCUGCAGUAUGCCUCAGGGAAUUGGUUCAAUUGGUGUGGUUUUCAAAAAAUAAAUGAAGUGUAUGGUUCAUAUAAUUUUUAUUACGCUUAUUCUCCUACCAUCACUUACUGCCGGAUGAUGAUGAAGCGUAACGCUUAA